AUGGGAGGCGACAUAGUCGUGGGUGGACAUUGGUUAGUCGAAGAAAAAAUCGGAGAGGGAUCUUUCGGUGAGGUCUUUCGAGCCGUGCAUACGUCGUCAAAUUUAAAAUGUGCAAUCAAACGGGAGUUAAUUGACUUAGACCAUCCUCAGCUCCCGGAUGAAGAAAAAAUACUCAGAAAACUUCAAGGAGCGAAAUUCAUACCAAAAGUACAUUGGUUUGGAACGGAAGGUAUAUAUAAUGCCUUGGUUAUGGAUUUGCUUGGUCCGAGUCUGAGAGCGCUCCGGCAAGCAUAUGAAUCUCUACCUGUAGCUUUUGUGAGUGAUGUUGCUCAGCAAAUGGUCACGAUAUUGGAAUAUGUACAUAAACGGGGUAUUGUAUACCGAGAUAUUAAACCUGAUAAUUUUCUUCUGGAAAGGGAUUUUCCCCUCCAAAUUAGUCGCCUUUCUAUGUACGAUUCUGACGACGAGACACCUGAGGCUAAGAUCCGUGAUCACAAGUUACUCGUUGGAAGAAAACAUUUUCUGAGUUUGGUUGAUUUUGGACUUUCCACAUACUAUAUCGACCCGGAAACGGGAAAACAUAUUAAUAAAAAUCAACCACCAACAAAAAACAAGACGGGAACAGCACGAUAUGCUGCAUUGAAUGUUCACCGUGGUUUACCUCAUUCUCGUCGUGAUGAUUUAGAAUCUAUCGCUUAUGUUUUACUUGAAAUGUUAAGGGGGAAUCUUACUUGGGCUGGAGUCACCGCCCGUAAUUCACGACAAGGUUGGGCCAAAAUGCAAAAAAUGAAGGAAGAAACUCCUUUAGAUGAGCUUUAUGAAGGGUUUCCUAGAGGGUUCAUGACUUAUCUUCAUUACACCAGAAAUUUGGGCUAUGAUCAAGAACCAGAUUAUAAUUAUUUACGGGAAUUAUUAGCAGCUACUGCAGGAAAAGGUCCUGAGGCAGAAUUAGUAACUCAAGAAUUUCAAGUGGCUGACGAAGAAGCAUACGAGAGACCCAUGUCUCCACGUUUGCGUUAUUAUAGAUCACAGUCUCCACUGGCGAUAAAGUCUCCACGUUUUUUUGAUUGUGAUGAUGAUAUAGCCCUCGGAUCUCCUCCCUCUUCUCCGUUCUAUAAACGAGGAAAAAAUUCUUCGUGGAGAACUAAAAAUAAAGAUGAUAUUCCUGGUUCUGGACAAAAUGAACGUUCAAACUCUUUGACCAUGGUAUCUAAGCCCAAUUCACGAUUUUCACCACCACGCAGCUAUUCAUUACCCCACCGUGAUUCAGGUCAGGUUGAAAAUGGGAAUAAUUUUAAUGGUCGUGAAUACGAAAAACGAGGCAAGCGUCCAGAAGCCUCUAGAAAAUUUUCAUACGUCAAACGGCCUGCCGCAAAGAUUUCUUGGACUACUACAAUGGAUCCCGGUGCACAAUGGGAUAUGGAAGCACGGCGUUUAGAAGAUUCCUGGAAAAAUGGACUUUCAUGGAACGGAGAUAAUGUCGAAAGCCAAGAAGUUAACUCGGUGCCAUCAACUCCAGUAAACGAGUCUAGAUUUUGGAUAGACAACGCUGAUGAUGAAUUUAAAGAAUUUGACGGAGGCCCUGAAAAGAGUAAUUGGGCAAAUAAUUUGAAUAACGAGAAUGCAUUAAUAGCUGAAGUAUCAAAGUGGGGUGAUGGAAAAGUCAAAAUACCUUGGUUGGAUAAAAAUAAACCAUCACAUCCUUUUCGCAGUGGAGCUGAUGCUAAUCACGAUUAUUUCGAACAAGAUCGUACUCGUUCUUUGACCCCUAAAGCGAGUCGCGAAUUACGAGAUUUACAAAGCAGAAGACCCUCUAUACCUUCUCCAUUGUCAAUCGCUAUUCCAUCAGAUUCUACCGAGCAGGAUACAUAUGAUGUCCCUGUUCCUGGAGUAUCGUCUCCAAUUAAUAAAAUUGAUACAAUGCAACAUAAUGGCGCUGGCGUCGAAGAGAAUUUCCCACUGAGUCCUAGGAGAAGCAUUCCUAAUAUACGAACUAAUAAUCUGGCUACAAAAUUUCUUAAACGAAGUGUUCCUAAUCUUCGCGAUACUGCUCGUAAUAAUUCAGCUCCUUCCCCCUCAGCAACCAUAAAAAGAACCAUGUCUCAUAUGCAAGAUGCUCAAUUGACUACGAUACAAGGAGGAAGAAAACCCCUUAAUUCUACUCGUUGUGCUGCUAAAAAUUAUAUGACCAUUACUAUUAAUAAUUCCCAACGUGAUGAAAAGGAAAUUACUGGAUCUCCUAAAGAUUUAAGAUAUGUUCCACCUCAAGACGUACGACAUUCUUCUCAGGAUGCUAGAAGAUCAAAUCGUGAAGGUAGUAAAAAUCGCGAACGUUCUAAUGCGAACAAGACUUAUAACAGAGAAAGGUCAUAUACAUACACCAGUGGGAAUUCUCCCGUUAGUCCUCAUAACUUUCCGGUGACUUUAAAUUCCCCACCACAUCAAUGGUCUAAUGGCAAGCGAGAAAGAUCUAAUACGUUUAAUAAUGGUGGAAAGGUCAAUUUCAACGGAGGAAAAACCGGACAUGAUCGUCAUCGACCUCCUCCACUUGGACAAUUACCACCCAGAAACUUACAGAAUUCUAAUUUUCACAAAAAUGGCACGUUGAGUGCAUUACCAAAGUUUCGGGAUGACCAAAAGAAUGAACUUAAGCGAGAGGAUGAGAAUUUGCCACCUCGUUCAACCACUCCAUCUCCCAUAUCUCCAAACGAAUCUUCCUGUAUUAACGAAAAAAAAGAUAACGUACUCGUGUCAUCCCCCAUCUCGGCGCAUCAUGUGACGUUUGCAGAUGAUCUUGAAAAUUCAAGUCCCCAUAAUAAGUCAUCAAAUUUUUAUCCUCGCCGACAAAGUUUUUCAGCAAUAAUCAGCGAAGAAAAAUCAUUUAGAACUCGAAGUUUUAGUAUAAAUGAUAGACCAAAUCAUAAAAGGAGGCAAAACAAAUCGGUAUAUGUUUAA